AUGCAGAACCGAGAUUUUCAGAACAGGGGUCAGCCUCCUAUGCCUAAUCAAGCUGGGCAAAAUCCUGGGCCUAACAUGCCUGGACCUGCCAACAACAUGAGGACUCUCAACAAUAUGGGCCCCCCCGCCCCCCAACGUGGGUCCAAUGCCUCCCCACAACAACAUGGGUCCAAACUACAGUAA